AAGCUUUAGUUGUCUCUCAGCCGGCCGCCCUUCUGAAGUUUGUUCAAUUCUCGCGAUCUCAGCCGACGCCAUUUGCACCCGCGUUCACCCGUUGAAACGGUCAUUUUCACGGUCCAAUCCCCAUCCAUUACACUACCCACAAGAUGGCACAGUACAAAGGACCCGCGAGCGAGAGUCAAAGGGUGAUGCACCUCACAAAGAAGCGGGAACGGCAACAGGAGGAGAUUGAAAUCAAGAAAAAAAAACUUGCCGAGGACCUUAAGUUUGACAAGAUGGAAUCCAAGUUUUCCGCCCAUUACGAUGCCGUGGAAACCAAUCUUAAGAGCUCCACAGUGGGUCUGUUGACGGUCGACGAGAUGAAAUCUCGCCAGGAGGAAGCCGUGAAGGAACGGGAAAAAUUACUAGCCAGAAGGAACCGCGAGGAACUCCAAAUCCUUAAACAAGAGGAAAAAGCCAAGGAGGAAAAGAGGCGAAAGCAACAGCAGCAAAUCAAGGCUUUAUCUUUCAAUCCAGAUGACGAUGAUGAGGAAGAAGAAGACGAGGACGACCAAGAAAAUGACGACAAGAAAGAAGAGAACCGGGCUAAAAAUAGCCGUGUUUUAAAGAAUGAGCAGGAAAUUAAAACCGAACCUCCGGCACAAAACGACCCACCUUCAGAUGAAACGAAAACUGUUCAAGUCGAUCCAGAUGAGCGAGAAACCCGGGAGGCAAGUGGCCAUUUCCUGAAACGAAAACGAUUGGGCAAGAAUCCCGAUGUAGACACAAGCUUUUUGCCGGAUGUGGAUCGUGACGAGGAAGAGAACCAAUUGCGAGAGAAACUUCGCCAGGAAUGGGAAAGUCGGCAAAGACGUCUCAAAGAGGAGUCCAUUCAUAUCGUGUUCUCUUAUUGGGAUGGAUCCGGUCAACGACGUAGUUUGACCAUGAAGAAAGGCCACACGAUCUACAAUUUCUUGCAGAAGUCGCUCGAGACCCUCCGACCGGACUUUACUGACCUGCGCACCGUCACGGCCGAUCAACUGAUGUACGUCAAAGAGGAUUUGAUCAUCCCCCAAACCAACACAUUCUACGACUUCAUUGUCACAAAGGCCCGAGGGAAAAGUGGUCCAUUAUUCAGCUUCGAUGUCCACGACGACAUUCGUCUCGUAAAUGAUGCUACCGUGGAGAAGGACGAAUCGCAUGCAGGUAAAGUUGUUCUUCGGUCGUGGUAUGAGAGGAACAAGCACAUUUUCCCCGCAUCCCGAUGGGAACCGUACGAUCCAACCAAGACUUAUGACAAGUACACCGUUCACGACAAGAAAUAAAAGAAACCCUCCAUUAAGGAUGUCGUCGUCCGCCCCUUCGUUACUCAUUUCAAGGUUUUUUCACUCAUCGUUUCACUCACUCGUUCCACUAAUCAAUAUAUCUCGAAAGAACUUUUAAAUGCCCACCUGAAAAGAUGGGCUGGUUGUUC